CAUCCUCUUUCAAUUAUCCACUCCAAUUCUCUCAACCACCGUCACCCAUGGCCGCCGCCGCCGCCGCCUCCUCCUCUGCCGUCAUCACCGCCCCAACCUUCUCCGCAGCUGCCAGAAGGCAGCAGCCAAGCCCCUCCGCCCUCUCAUUCCAAGGCCUCCGCCUGCUGCCAACCAUCAAAUCUAGCCGCAAGCUCACCAGCUCUGGCACAAGGAGAUCCACGGUGGUGAAGGCAGCGCUGGAGCCAUCUGUUGUGAUAAGCCUAAGCACAGGGCUGUCCCUGUUCUUGGGGAGGUUCGUGUUCUUCAAUUUUCAGAGGGAGAAUGUGAGCAAGCAAGUGCCGGAGCAGAAUGGAGUGACCCAUUUUGAGGCCGGCGAUGUGAGGGCUAAGGAAUAUGUUAGCCUCUUGAAAUCUAAUGACCCUGUUGGGUUUAAUAUUGUUGAUGUUCUUGCUUGGGGCUCUAUUGGCCAUAUUGUUGCUUAUUAUAUCUUGGCUACCUCUAGCAAUGGCUACGAUCCUAAGUUCUUCUAGUCAUAUUCUUGUUCUUCAUGGAUUAUUGUGGUUUGUAUACCAAACUUUGCAUUUCUAAUGGGGUUAGGGACAUGGGUUUUGUGAGUUGUUGUGUAUUAUUGUUAUUGCAAUGGUUCUUUUUCACAAUUACUUCUCGAUAUGAUUACGUGAUUUGUUUACCCAAAA